UGCGAGUGGCCGUGUGUUCUGCUCUGAGUUCUGUACCGAGCAGAUUAACGAUGAAACGAUUCUUCCAACCAAUAGAGAAGGAUGGCUCCUUCAAAAAACCCACUCUCUCUCCUUCUCCUUCCUCAAAGGAUAGUGAAAAAACAGCAAAAACUUUUACUUCUGAUGAUGUGAAAACGAACAGCAAGAAAGACCCAUUAAAGUUCUUGACAUGGAACGCCAAUAGCUUUCUUCUUCGUGUAAAGAACGACUGGCCUGAGUUCACCAAGUUUGUGGAAAGAAUAGACCCUGACGCCAUUGCCAUACAGGAAGUAAGGAUGCCUGCAGCUGGUUCCAAGGGUGAACCUCGUAACCCUAGAGAGUUGAAAGAUGAUACCAAUUCUUCUCGUGAAGAAAAGAAGAUUGUGAUGCGUGCCCUAUCCAGUACACCAUUCAGAAAUUACAAUGUUUGGUGGUCUCUUUCAGAUUCGAAAUAUGCUGGGACUGCAUUGUUAAUAAAAAAUUGUUUCCAACCAAAAAGGGUUUCAUUCUCUCUUGAUCAAUCAGCUUCGAAACAUGAACAAGAUGGUCGGGUCAUUUUGGCUGAAUUUGAGUCAUUGCGCCUGUUGAAUACAUAUGUGCCUAACAAUGGUUGGAAAGAGGAGGAGAACUCAUUUCAGAGGAGACGAAAAUGGGACAAAAGGAUGCUAGAAUUUGUUCUGCAAAAUUCAGAUAAACCUCUUGUUUGGUGUGGUGAUCUUAAUGUAAGUCAUGAAGAGAUUGAUGUGAGUCAUGCAGAGUUUUUCAGCAUGGCGAAGCUCAAUGGUUACAUUCCACCGAAUAAAGAGGACUGUGGGCAGCCUGGAUUUACCUUGUCUGAGAGGAAGCGUUUUGGUACCAUAUUAAGAGAGUGAGUAAACCCUUUUAGUACUUGUGUCUGUUGCUUCUAGAUUUUAAACCAUGUGGUGGUACUGUGAGCUGAUGGUUUCUCAUAAUACUAAGGUCAACCGGAACAUAUUGUCUAAAUUUUUUUUUCCCAUUGAAAAAUAAAUUGUUUCGUACCUGAAUAACUUUAUAUUUUUCUCACAGUUUAUAAAUUGAAAGAAGCAGAAAAUUAACUGCAUCUUAGGUUUAUUAGAGUUUGAAUUUGCAGUUAACGUGUUACCUAUUAAUCAUCAUUGGAUAGAAAACUUAGCCUUUGGGAUACCUGAAGCUUGUCUUACGACCUUUUUAUUUCUGACUCCAUCAUCAUAGACUUAUGAUUGCCAUAAGUGAAUUGAUGGUCUCUAUGGUCUUGAAGUGGGGAGCAGUGGAGUGAGGUUCUGGUGCCGGAGUAUCACAAGUUUUCUACAAAAGAUAUGCCUGCUUGUAUUCUUUUCCUUUUUAUGGAAAUUAUUAUGUCAUGUUAGAUUCUUUGUAAACCAUACAGGGGAAAGGAGGCCUGCAAUCAAAGGUUUUACCUAAAAACAGAGGUCCGUAUUAAGUUUAUCAGACUUUAGCAAGAGGAUGCUUAGUGAAUAUUUGAUUGUGCUAGUGUUCUCUAAUCAUUUUCUGGACUAGUUUCUCUAAUAUAUGAUGGAGCCUAUAUAUAUGUAUACUCAAGAACAUUCUCAGUGCUCUUUAUGUUUUCAAACUUGAACUUGAUUAUGGAAUUGAAGUUCUGAACUUGAUUGUUCCAACUACUAUGGCCUAUGCUUCAGGGGAAAGCUAGUAGAUGCAUAUAGAUUCCUACAUAAGGACAAAGACUUGGAGCAUGGUUUCUCGUGGUCGGGACACCCAGUUGGAAAGUAUCGUGGAAAAAGGAUGAGAAUAGACUAUUUCAUUGUCUCAGAGAAACUUAGUGAUAGGAUUGUCACAUGCGAGAUGCAUGGGAAGGGAAUUGAAUUACAAGGUUUCUAUGGGAGUGACCACUGCCCAGUAUCCCUUGAACUUUCUGACACAAGCCCUGAUUCCAACCUGCAGAGCUAAGUUUUUUGUCUAACAUUCGAUGACAAAACCUAUUGCAAUGAUGUACUGGUUAUCUUUUCACAAAGAUUAACUUCGUGGAUGGAUUGAAUAGAAUCAUUUUAGGUUAUUUCUGCUGUGUGGUUUUGUCAAUGUGAUCUAACUGGAGAUACAUAUGCAUCCAUCUAUGGUGGAGUGGAGUUUUUUCUGGUGUAAUGGUUUCAGUGGGCUAGUGUUUUUCAUUAGCUAAGCAUUUCUUUUGACCCCCCUCCUCUCCCUCCCUAAGUCACCUAUGCAAAGCCCAACUACUAACCCUCUUUUUCCG